AUGGCCAACAUCGGAUCCUCCUCCAUGUAUUCUAGGCGGAAGUCCGCUUUGCCUCUACCUCCUGGCCCUCCUGCGGAUCCGAUAAUUGGACACCUCCGAAAGUUCUCUUUUGCUCGUCAGCAUGAACUCUUCCGCGAAUGGGCGACUAAUUACGGAGAUAUCUUCCAUUUGCAUAUCUUAGGCCGCAACAUCGUGGUCCUGAAUUCUUUGCAAGUAGCUACUGACCUUAUGGACAAACGGAGUGCCAAAUACAGCGACAGACCUUCAUGCACCACCUUAGAGAUGAUGGGCUAUGAUGCGAAUGUUGCAUUCAUGGAAUACGGCCCACGGUGGAAGAAACACCGCAAGAUUUUCCGAGGAUACUUCAACGAGAACGAGAGUCUUACGUAUCGCGCGCAACAGACUCAAGGAGCGCACGUACUUUUGAAGGAUUUGGUGGUCUCGCCCCACAAAUUCACUACCUUGACACAACGGUUUGCCAUGCAGGGCGUCUUGGAGAUAGCGUACGGCCAUCAGGUUCAUUCUGACGACGACAUCUACGUCAACCUCACAGCAGGUGCGCUGCAUGGUAUUGACGAGGCGAAACUUGGUGUCUCGCUGGUCGACUUUUUCCCCUUUUUGGUCCAUCUCCCCCAUUGGCUACCCGGAUGUUCGUUUCUCACUGCUGCGGCACGUCGUUGGGGCCCUGUUACACGGGAAAUGCACGACUACCCAUUCAACGACGUGUUGAAACAAAUGGAUGCGGGCAUCGCUCGUCCAUCGUUUCUAUCUUCAUAUCUGGAGCGAUACAAGACGGAAGGUGCGAAAGAUUACGAUUUGGAUGACCUCAAAGGCGCGGCUGGCACCAUCCUCACUGCUGGUGCCGAAACGACAUGGUCUCUCAUCCAAACCUUCUACUUCUGCAUGCUCCUGUUCCCAGAGGUGCAGCGGAAAGCGCAGGCGGAAAUUGACCGAGUGAUAGGUCCCGAUAGACUACCGGAUUUCAGCGACCGCGAUGCGCUGCCUUUCGUAGAGUGCAUCUUACAAGAGACUAUAAGAUGGCACCCUGCGACCCCUCAUGGCCUCGCGCACAUGUCUGUCGACGAUGAUAUAUACAAUGGCAUGUUCAUCCCGAAGGGUUCGAUCGUAAUCCCCAAUGUCAUGGCCAUGAGUCGUGACGAGACGAUGUACAAGGACGCAGAGGCCUUCUAUCCUGAGCGCUUUCUCCCCGCACCCGCAGGUCCCGGCGAGCCGUAUCUGGGCGCCGUCUUUGGGUUCGGUCGGCGAAUUUGCCCUGGAAGGUACUUCGCGGACAACAGCGCGUGGAUCGUCGUCGCGACUGUUCUCGCGACCUUCGAUAUUUGUAAGGCUGUCGCCAAGGAUGGGAAGGCCAUUGAGCCGGACGUGGCGUUCACGACGGACGGGCUGGCAAGCCGUCCAAAACCGUUUGAAUGUGUGUUUCGACCGCGCUCGGAGAUGGCGAAGAAGCUGAUCAUGCAAAACGCGAAUUUGGGCAGAGAAUGUAUAGAUAUUCAACUACGCGCGUGCGAGAAUGACAUAUGA